AUGUCGUCGUCGAAGAGAGUCACAAUCAGUCAGCUGGAAAGCUUGAUGGACGGGAUUGAGGAUUUCAUGGGGAAUGAUAAUGGAGAGGUGCCCGAGAACGAAGAAACUGGGGUGGCCCCGCUCGGCGCCAAAGAGCAGGAAAUGAAAGCCAAGGCCUUCGUGGAGGCCGAAAGCCAAGGGUUGCCCAAAUUUGGAGAAGCGAAUGGUGAGAACGAGGCCAAACAAGGUGACAUCGUUCAAGGCGAUUUCCUUAAAGGUGCCAAUGGCACGGCUAUCUUGCAGAGUGAAGAGCCGUUUGACAAGAGAGCUCAAACCGAAAUGUAUAGUGAAUCAAACAACAAAGAAUUAGAGUCAUUUACUAGCGAAACAAAUGAACCUGCGAGAAAGAGUUCGAAUAGCGAAUCCCCGAAGCAGCAGCCUGAGAAAAACGGCACUAUAGAUCACAACAAUGUGCUUUCUUCUGACAUUUAUGUUGAUGAAGAACAUUUCGGGGUGACAAAGCUACCUUUUAAACAGGAGUCUGAUAUCAGCGCGAAGAAACUGUCCAUGUCCUCUGAACCAGUGGUUACUACGGGAAAGUCAGAACUUGAUGAAUUGGAAUUCAAUACUGGGAAGCCAAAGUCCAACGCUGGGACGCAGGAUUCUACUAGCAGAGGAGAACCCGAUACUCUUUCAGUCACUGAAAAGAGCCUCGCUUCCAACAAGGAGAAUGCUACUACUACUACAGGACCUAAAUAUAGCGGCGAGGAGCACAAAAAUACUAUGGGCCAGGGUAAACACGAUAGCACUUCACAAUUGCUACUGAGUGCGGAAGGGAAGGUACCUCACAAUAGUAAUGAUAUAAGCCCUAAUACUAGCAGCGGUGUAUCGCAAAUUACUUCAGAACCACUCCAGAGUGUAGAAAAAAUCGAAGCUUUGACUGACAGAGACACCGCUCCUUCCAGAUCGACCCUAGACGCAGAAAACACGGAAUCUGUCGACAGCAAAGGCGAGUCCAUUGUCCAUUCCGAGGCGAUUCCACUAACGAAAAUGUCUGAAGAUGAUAUCAAAGAAGCCGAAAUUGCUACCUCUAGCGAGUUUGAACCUACAUUUACUUCAAAAUCAAUUUCAAGAUUGAAAGAUAGUCCCGAAACAAUGCUAAGCGAAAAGUUGACUAAUGCGAGCCACGACGAGCCGAUUGUCACACCAAAUCAAGAGGCCCUGAAGUCUGAUAAUAGCACUUCUGUCAAAGAGUCUGAUACAUCAAAUGGUUCCAUGGAAGAAGACUUAGAAAAUAUCGUGGCAACAAAUCCUUACGAAUCGUCAUCUGUAGAAACCGGCACGAACAGCAAAAUCGACGCCAACAAAGUGCAGAAUGAUGCAAGUUUGGAGAAAAAGAACAUUUCGUCGCCCAUUCAGGAAACCACCUCGCUACAAAGUGCAAGUGGACCGCUUUCUUCCACGGCAAGACCUGCUGAGGAAAAGCACCAGAAGACAUUGUUGCAAGAUUCAAAUCUGAUAACUCUCAAAGCUCUAUCUGAGGCUGGAAUAGUUCCGAAAAAGGGAGAAACGUUUAGGGCAGAGAAACAAUGUCUGGUAACACUAAAGGAAUUGUCUGACGCCAAGAAUCCUCAAGCUGGCAUUCCCGCCGAAGCUAAGUUUGAAAAUUCCAAUUUCAAGGGAAGCAAAACUGUACCGCUUUCAGAGACCGACGAGAAUAGUGAACCACGCAAGAAAAGUUCCAGUCCAGGGGAAAACACGCCGAAGCACAAGAUGGAAAAAACUCUCGGGUUAAACACUAGCCACGAAAUUGGGGCCCACUCAAUUGAUGCUGUUAGCGAAAAGAAAAAGCUGCCCCCUAAGUAUGGCGGUUUGUUGACCUUGAGUGAAUUGGCAGGCAAACCUGCGGAGGUGAAGAAUGUCACUAAGGCUGGUUUCAAUGACACAAUCUCUGCAUCGGAACCUGGUGCGUUGGUAAGUUUGCAAGAUCUGGUUGACAAAUCUGUGCAAUCGGGCGAAAAGGAAGGGACACAUGGUCUACUAUCGGAUGUGAAAGAUCUAGCCAGCAAGGCGGGUGAAACAGAACAAAUCGAAACGGAUCAGACAGCCAUCAAUGGCUCGAAUUCUGACUUACCGAUCGAAACCGAAGCAGUCUUGGAAUCCCCGACACCUUCACCAGAACUGACUCAUCCACCUCUCGAAGCAGCGAAAUCUAACGUUGAUAUUGUUGCGGGAGAAAUUGAUGAUCUAUUACGCGAAAUGCAACAAAAUAGCCCCUCAGAGUCUCCAAUGCAGAAGUCUUUCUUACCAUCAAAUACGCAGUCUUCCGCCGCUCAAGAGAUCCGCUCUUUGCUCAUGGAUGAGCCGGUCUAUAUCUAUACGUCUUUGGCAGGUGGUGGGUAUCACAUGCCUUCUCGUACUAAUCGGUUGGCCCAAAUUUUAUCUGCGAACCAAGUUGAGUUCACGUAUCGAGAUUUAGGCACCGAUGACGAUGCCCGCAAAGUGUGGAAACGUUACGGUCGUGGGCGAGUUUUACCAGCGGUGGUUCGCGGUAAGGACGAUAUUGUUGGAAACUGGGAGGAAAUGGACGAGGCGAACGAGGACUAUAGAGUGAGGGAGUUGAUCUAUGAGACACUUUGA